AUGGAAUUAAUCUUGUGGACUCGUGUCGCCAGGAAGAAAGCGAGGGUUCCUGCGCUGCGAAGGGAGAAACAAUUCCUCAAGAAGAUGGUAGUACCGCUCUGGGCUUCCAGUUGCCAACACCAUACAGGCGGCGUGGCUAUUGCAACAGGUGCUGUCGUCGACGUGGCAUCCUGUAUAAAUGGAAGUCUGGCUGAAGGUCAAGAAACAACUGUUAAAAGCGUUGGUGUAGAUGCUCUUGGUGCGCUGAUAGACGGAAUAGGCGGCGAAUAUGACGGACAAGCACUUAGGCAACAGUUCAAAGCUACCAAGACUUUGCCUGUGGUCCCAAAAGGACACAAUUGCUAG